AUGAGAAUCCCCUCGCUCAGGCACACGGGCGUGGCUGCCCUAGUCGCCAUCCUUCCCGCCACCCACGCAUCAUGGCAGGAUUAUGAGGCGCAAGCCCGCACGCCAGCCUCGUGCCCCGACUAUACCGACUACUCGCAGAAGCCGCAUGCGCCGUAUUCCCAGGGGCCGUUGAAGCUGCCGUUUAUGCGGCCCAAUGAGGAGUGUCGGACGUUUAUGAGUCCUGCUGUUGAGAAAGUCAUCCGUGACAUGAAGGCGCGGAUACGAGAUGCCGACUUGGCCAGAUUGUUUGAGAACACGUUCCCUUCGACCUUGGAUACCACGGUCAAGUAUUUCGACCCCAAGGUGAAUUUGGCAUUCAUCGUUACCGGCGAUAUUACGGCCCAAUGGCUUCGCGACACGGGUAACCAGUUUGCCCAUCUGUACAAGCUUUUGCCGCAGGAUGACAAUCUCAAGGCGCUUGUCAAGGCCAUCAUCAAUACCGAGGCGCGAUACAUUUAUCAGUAUCCUUAUUGCGGCUCGUUCCAACCACCACCCGAGUCGGGGCUGAAGCCUACGGUGAAUGACUACGCUGCUAAAGUCAAUGUCAGCCCUCCCGUGAACAACCAGACCGUCUUCGAGUGCAAGUAUGAGCUGGACUCUCUGGCCGCAUUUCUCAAAAUCUCCCGGUCAUUUUACCAAAACACAAACGACACCUCCUUUAUCAAUGACAACUGGGAGAAGGCCAUGAGCACGAUCCUGCAGACCAUCAACGAACAAUCCCAGAGUUCCUGGUCCGACGACUGGGAAUUCAUCAGCUACUACAACUGGACAGGCACGGCCGGCUCCCUGUCGCCGCCGGUGCCUAACAACGGCAACGGCGAGCCCAAGCUUGCCAAUGGCCUUGUUGCCUGCAGCCACCGCCCAUCCGAUGACUUGUGCGUCUUCAACUUCAUCACCUCCGACAACGCCAUGCUAUCCGUAGAGCUCAACCACAUAGCCGACAUGCUCGAGGCCUCCCGCAAACUAAACCAAGUCUCCCGCCAGGCGCGCCAGUACGCACGCACCAUCCGCAACGCAGUCCUCCACCACACAAAGACGCCCAGCGGCAUAUUCGCCUACGAGACAAACGGCUACGGCGGCCAAUACAUCAUGGACGACGCCAACGUCCCGAGUCUCGUGUCCCUGCCGUAUCUAGGAUUCCUGCCCAGGAGCGACAGCACCUACAGGAAGACAAAGGACGCCAUGUUCUCGCGCUCCAAUCCGUAUUAUGCCGUUGGCAAGAAAUUCCAGGGCAUCGGUGGCCCUCACGUCAAUGCUACCUAUCCCUGGCCCAUGUCCCAAGUGUCGGGGAUUUAUGGAACCGACGAUGACGAAGAGAUCAAGGAGCGUCUUGCGCUCAUUCUAGAAAACACGUCUGGGUUGGGCCUUAUACACGAGAGUGUGCAUAUUUACAACACCAGUGACUUUACGCGUCCGUGGUUUGCGUGGGCGAAUAGCUACUUUGCUGAGAUGUUGUUGGAUUUGGCCGAGAGGAAGCCGGGGCUUAUUUUCAAGGACGACACGCCUUAUAUCAUUGGCGGCGGUGAGAAAUGA